GAAGGACUUCAGGUUUCCUUAGGGUUUUGGGACUCUUCUUAUUUUCCCGUCGGCGGAGUGCUUCCGUUCAACGCCUCGAAGAAGAAAAUUUCAUAUUCUUUCAGCUUAACCGACGCUUCACGCCAUGGCGAUGACCCAGUUCGCGAUGGUGGAGGAGCUGGCUUCUCUUAUCAAGGACAAUCUAUAUAGCAAGCACCUUGUCCUUUCUACUGAAGAAGCAUUAGUUAAUUUUCUUCAAGAUGAUACAAGUCCAGAUGGGGUCUUAGAGCUUCAACCAACAAGCCCAUAUAAUCGCCUGCUUUUGCAUCGUCUUGCAGAUAUUUAUGGCUUUGCUCAUGAAUCUGUUGGUGAAGGAGAGGACCGCCAUUUAGUUUUGGAGCGAUGCCCAGAUACAGCAAUUCCAUCAAUACUUGUUAGUGAUAUCUUGUGGCAGUAUGAUGAAUAUCAGUCUCCCGCAUCAUCACAUCAUAUCUUGAAGAGAAAAGAAACUCCUGCUUCGAAGCUGAUGCAGAUUUCCUUGCCUUCAACACCGCUUGAAGAAAGAGAAGCUGCUUAUCAAGCUGCUCGCGAACGGAUCUUUUCUCUGAAUGACUGUGAUGAAAAGGAUGUCCUUGCUCCAAGGUCUAGGAAAGUCCCAAUGGUUGCUCGACGGAUGAUUGCACAUGCACUUGGCCAGAAGAUUUGUUCUACUCCUUCCAAUCAGAAAACAUCCGCUCAGGAAUUUGAGGAAAAUGAAUCUACUGAAGGACCAACCAAUGAUGAAGGAAAUGAGGAUCAAUUAGACUCAACUCUAGAAUACAGUAAAGAAGCAACAGCAUUUCCUAACAGUAAGUUGGGUACAUCUGGAAGGAAGAUAUAUGAUAAGCCUGCAACCAAAAGCGGUAAUUACAAUUCUAUCACCUCUAUCGAGAUGAAGGGGCAUGACAAAGCAGUUAGCAGUGGUUCAACUAACAGAAAUUCAGUAGCAAAUACAAGCAAUGGAAGAGUGGCUGACAUUGGAAAUUUGGAGAAAGAACAGAUAGGUGCUGCCAAGAGAAUUUUUGCUCAUGCAUUGGGUAUACCAUCUUCUAAAGGAAAUAACAGUCUUACAGUGAAAUCAAAAGCAAACGGACCUUUCAGAAGAGAUAUCUAGUUAAUAAUAGUCACUAAUGCAUCAAACUUUGUUGUUGGUCGGUCAUACGAGACAUGGAAGAGAAGUUUGCUGUCAGCCUAUUAUACCUGUGCAAAACAUGUUCUGAAUUUUUAGAUGGUGCAGUUCUGAAGUAACCUGUUGAAGAUCAUGUGAAGAGAUGUGAUGAAACAACCACUUGGUUUGGAAAAUUGUCUGGAUACAAAAUUUCAGGUAUUUACAUUCUUGGAGCUGGAAAGGUGGAUUCAAAUGAAGAGGAGCUAGAAGACACCACAUGAAACUCUACUUAAUUAUACAAUGCCGUUGGGUCUUGAUUUUCCAUGCAUAUGAGUGCCUCAGCUAAACUUCGAUGCCAAGUUCUCUCUUAUGUUUAUCCAAGCUUGGGCCUAGUUUCAAACUCUGAAUAGGAGCAGAAGAUGCGAAGCAAGCCUUGGAGGGAUGAAAAAGGGUAUAAAAGUAGGGUGUCAAUUGUGAAAUGACUAUGGUCAUUCUAUUGUAGGAAGUUUCUAAAAUAUGUUUACUUUAGUAUGUAAAACUAUGAUGCUAAAAUUUCAUCUAGUAGUUCACCGCUUGACAGUUUUCUGGAAAGUAAUCCAUAUUUUACUGGCAGUUUUAUUGGUUGACU